AUGGUCCGCUACUCAAAACUUCCCUUCCGUCUUCUCGUCUCUCAGUAUGGCGCUGACGUCGUCUACACGCCUAUGAUGCUGGCCCAUGAGUUCAUUCGUUCUCAAACAGCCCGAGACUCAGAUUUUACGACUCAUCCUCUGGAGCGUCAAGAAGGCAAAAUCCUCAUAGCGCAAUUCGCCUCUUCAGAACCAGAAGAGCUUGCGCGCGCAGCAGACCUUAUCAGUCCCUGGGUCGAUGGCGUGGAUCUAAAUUGUGGAUGCCCGCAAAGCUGGGCGAUCAAAGAGGGAAUCGGUUGUUCUUUAAUGGAGCAGCCGGAGAAAGUGGGGGAGAUGGUAAGAGUUACCAAGGGCAGAUUAAUUGGAAGAGGGAAGAGUGUCAGUGUCAAGAUUCGAAUUGACAAAAAUCUGCAGAAGACGGUGAAGUGGUUGGGCGUUGUUCAGGAUGCUGGUGUCGAUUAUAUCACCGUUCACGGGAGAACGAGAAGCCAGAGAUCAAGCACACCGCCAGACUAUGCUGCUAUCGGCGUUUUGAGGACGUUUAUCAGAGUGCCGAUGGUGGCCAAUGGAGAUGCUUAUUCGAAAGAAGACGUUGGAAGGAUUGCGAGAAUUACAGGUGCAGAUGGAGUCAUGGCUGCUAGAGGACUGAUGGAGAAUCCAACCAUGUUCGCCGGGUACCCAAUUCCGCCGGAAAGGAGUGUUGGGGAUCUCUUGCAGUGGGUAGUCAGGUGCCCGAUUCCUUUUCCACUGGUCCUGCACCACGUUCACGAGAUGACUGCAAAGAUGGAAGGCAUGACAAAGAAAGAGAAGAGAAGAUUGAUGCAAUGUGGAGAUCUGAUGGAUCUGAUUGACCUCGUAGAAGAGAAAUGGGGACUCGAACGAUGA